AUGGCCGAAGAACUAAAAGUGUUGAAAAUCCAAUUGGAAUCUAUCCAUAGGAGAUUGAAUAGAGUACAACAGGCUUUGUUGCUGGAUCUGCAAGUGCCUAAUAGGAACCGCGAGAGCAGAUAUUUUUUGCAACUGCAGCUGAAAACAAUCGAAAGUGCGUAUGCAGAGUACAACACCAGCCAACAGCGGAUUUAUUGUCUGAACGUUGGGGAAGACAUUCGUGAGGAAACUGAGGAAGCCUAUAUUGCGUUCGAGAGCCUAUAUGGAGAAUUGUACGUUCUCAUUACUGAACUGCUCGAUGAAACUAUUAAAAAGGAAGAAAUUGAAGCUAACAGAGAAGCAGUUGUCCCAGCAGCUGCAGCACCGGUGAAUGGAGCUCACUUGCCUCCGUUGAGGGUACCGUUACCUACGUUUGACGGUACUUAUGAAAAUUGGUACGCCUUUAAAUCAAUGUUUGAAACAAUCAUGAACCGCUAUCAAUUCGAAUCACCCGCAAUAAAGCUUUAUCAUUUGCGGAAUUCUCUUACCGGCAAGGCUGCCGGAAUCAUCGACCAGGAAAUUUUAAAUAAUAACGAUUACUUGGCUGCUUGGGGAAUAUUGACUGCUAGAUUCGAGGACCGGCGUAUGAUUAUCGACAAACAUAUCGAUAGUCUUUUCGAUCUUCCAAAACUGAUGAAGGAAAACGUCACCGACCUACGAAAGCUGGUAGAUACGUGUACCAAGAACGUAGAUGCUUUGAAAAACCUUGGCUUGCCAGUUAUUGGGUUAGGAGAAAGCAUGUUGAUAAAUAGAAUCGCAUCGAAACUUGACAAUGAAACACGCAAGGCAUGGGAGUUGAACCAGACCACGGAUGAGUUACCAAAUUAUGAAUCCACAUUGGAUUUUCUACGAGAACGAUGCCGAGUGUUGGAGAAAAUUAAACCGAGUGAGAAAUCGGUUAAGAUGGAUAAACCGUUACGAUUUACAGCAGAACCGAAGUUAAAAACAACAAGUUUGGUUACUACAACUGGAAAAUGUUUGCACUGUUCCGGCAGUCAUGAAUUGUGGAGAUGUGAGGACUACAAGAAAGCUAAUCUUUCAGAUCGCUACACAACGUUACGACGAACAGGAGCCUGUUUCAAUUGUCUCCAAAAGGGACAUAGAACAACAGAAUGUACAUCUGAGCAUUCGUGCAAAAGAUGCGGUAAGCGUCAUCACACUACAUUGCAUAAUGAUGAAGAUCGAUCGAAGAAUCACGAAGAACGCCCUACUACAUCAUCAAACAAGGCAACACAGCAAAUGACUAUAGUCGAAGAAACCGUCGUUGCUCCAACCCAUGAAGAAUCAAAGAAACCUGAUAGUUCAUCGACAUUCUGUACACAAAUCCAAGCAACUAAUCAGCAAAUGUUGUUGUCUACCGCCGUAAUAUUAGUCCAAGGUAAGGAAGGUAACACGUAUCCUUGUCGCGUGUUGCUAGAUUCUGGAUCACAAACGAAUUUCAUAUCAGAGCAAUUUACUCAACUGCUGUCCUUGAAGAAAGAAUCAGCUAAUGUGUCAGUUAGUGGACUUAAUGAUAUUCGUACUCGGAUUCGAUUCAAAAUUCAGACCACGAUAAGAUCACGAAUCAGCAAUUACGCUGUUUGUCUUGAAUUGCUUGUGGUACCUAAAAUUACUGGAAAUUUACCGCUUACGAAAGUAGAUGUCUUAUCACUCACGCUGCCUGCUGGCGCUGAGCUGGCUGAUCCAUACUACAAUGUACCUGGAAGAGUAGACAUGUUGUUAGGAGCUGAAAUCUUCUAUGAUAUGCUGAUGUUGGGGCGUUUGCGACUGCCCAAUAGUACGGCGCUUCUUCAAGAAACCCAGUUCGGUUGGGUACUAAGCGGACCUGUCCCAAAUGAAAACCGGAAGUCAGUCAGCUCAUUUUGCACUACCAUAGAUGAGGACAUCGGGGAAAUAGUGAAUCGUUUCUGGCAAAUUGAAUCGUACUGUGAAUCACAAAACGAAAUCAGUUCGACGGAAGCAGAAUGUAUUCAGCAUUUUCAAGAAACACACGAACGUACAGUCGAAGGACGGUAUGUGGUUCGUUUACCAUUCAACGAGUUAAAACCGCAACUUGGUGAUUCUAGAAACAUGGCGAUUAAACGCUUUCAGGGCCUUGAGCAAAGGCUUGACAAGAAUCCAGAAAUGAAACAUCAAUAUACAGAAUUUCUACGCGAAUAUGAGUCCCUAGGCCACAUGAAAGAAAUUACAUUGGACGUAACCGAAGAUCCACGAACAGUGUAUUAUUUACCUCAUCACUACGUGCUGAAACCGAGUAGUUCAACCACGAAACUACGUGUGGUUUUCGAUGGUUCUGCCGCAUCCGAUUCCGGUGUUUCUAUUAAUCAAACACAGAUGAUAGGUCCUUGCGUUCAAAACGAUUUAGUAUCGAUUUUACUGAACUUCCGGUCAUACAAAUAUGCCUUCACCGCCGAUAUCCCAAAAAUGUAUCGGCAAGUCGGAGUAAACAAAGAUGACAGAGAAAACUUGAAUCAGUCACUUCGAACAUUCGAUCCACAAACCGUUACAUACGGUUUAAAAUCAUCACCGUUUUUAGCCACUAUGGUGCUUUGCCAGCUGGCCGACGACGAAGAAGAAAAUUUUCCCAUGGCAGCAAAUGUUGUUAAACGAUCCUCCUAUAUGGAUGAUGUGCUAACCGGCGCGAAUACGUUGGAAGGUGCUAUCGAGCUGAAGAACCAAGUAGCUGGUUUAUUAGCAAAGGGAUGUUUUGAUAUACACAAAUUCUGUUCAAAUUCGGAAGAAUUAUUGUCUGAAAUACCUGAAGAAAAGCGGGAAGACGGCGUGAACUUCGGAAAUUCGAAUUUUAACGUGUUGAUGAAGACUCUAGGAGUUGCUUGGGAUCCCCAGGACGAUAUGUUUACAUUUCUUGUGCCAGUCGACAUACCUUGGACAAGUUAUCUAACGAAAAGAAAAAUACUUAGCCAGAUUGCGAAAAUAUUUGAUCCACUGGGAUUUCUGGGCCCUGUAAUCACUUCCGCCAAAAUAAUCAUGCGUGAGUUGUGGUCUCUUGACUUGCAGUGGGACCAACCGGUACCCACAGAGAUGGAACAGUUGUGGGGUGAGUUCCACAGACAGCUAUGCAGCUUGAACGACGUGAGAAUUCCAAGGUGGAUUUUCUGCGAAGAAGUCUGCGAAUACGAAUUGCACGGUUUCGCAGACGCAUCUGACUUGGCAUAUGGUGCAUGCAUCUAUUCCAGGUUGUUGCGCAGGGAUGGAACAGUGAAUAUGAGGCUGUUGUGUAGUAAAUCCAGAAUACUACCUAAGAAAAAGGAGAAACAAAAACAGAUAACCACACCGCGAGCGGAGCUGUUGGCUGCAGUUUUAGUGUCUAAACUGGCGGUGAAAUUAUUGGCAGCUCUAGAUACGAAAUUUCAGCAUGUAGUACUUUGGAGUGAUUCUCAGAUAGUUCUGUGUUGGAUUAGCAAAUCACUUGACGCUCUCCCAGUGUAUGUGGGGAAUCGUGUUCGAGAGAUCCAGCAGCUUACUGGUAGUUUCAUUUGGCGGUAUAUCCCAUCGAAGGAAAAUCCUGCCGAUUUGAUAUCACGAGGGGUGCCACCACAGGACUUAGCGCAGUGUCAGAUUUGGUGGUAUGGACCCCCAGCUCUUCAAUCAACUCAUCCAGCGAUUCAACCACCUGAACCAAUUGCUGACGAAGAUGUACCGGAAAUAAAGCGUAUUGUUUUGCUAACUUCACCAAUUCAACCCAGUCCGCAUUUCGGGGGGAUUUGGGAGGCGGGUGUCAAAUCCACGAAAUUCCACUUGAAGUCGGUGUUAGCUGAACACAAACUUUCGUAUGAAGAAUUAUCUACCGUCCUAGCUCAAAUAGAAGCUAUUUUAAAUUCUCGACCUCUUACUCCAGUAUCGAACGAUCCCAACGACUACAGUGCAAUAACUCCUGCUCACUUCCUCAUUGGUCGAGAACUACACGCCAUUCCCGAGCCAUCCUAUAGCCAUAUACCUGCAGGAAGACUGUCACGCUGGCAGUUUGUACAAGAUUUGAAACAAAAAUUUUGGAAACGAUGGGUUAAUGAUUAUUUACACGAACUGCAAACACGACAGAAGGACUUCAAGGUGACAAAGUUUCGGGUCGGCGCUUUGGUUUUACUUGUGGACGAAAAUACUUCAUCUCUUCGAUGGGCACUUGGCCGCAUCACAGAACUAUGCCCAGGACCAGAUGGCCACACUCGCGUAGUUCGAUUGAAAACGCAGAAUGGUACGACGACAAGAGCUGUUAAAAAAGUUUGUUUGUUGCCACUGGAUAACGAAGAACCUUGA